AGGGUGCCGCCCAACUGCCGCUGUAGCUUCAUAAACAGAAGCUGGCGCACUGCUCGUUCUUGACAAAGCAUCCGUCUUCAAUAAUUCAUCUGGAGAUACCCUUGCGGCGAUCUUAUGGCUAGGAAUACGCACGCAAGUAUUCUACACUGACACAGACAGAGCGUCUCAAUCUAGUGCUUAUGCCAACGACUCUCCCGCGCUUCUAUCUUCGGAUGCCUGCAGCACACCACUUCACCUCGCCUACGCGCUCGCUUGUGCUUAGGCUCUUGAGCCUUUCAGUUUUCUUCGUUCUUCCUACCACUAUGCCACCGCUCUCAGGUCAUGAGAAGUUUCAAGAUGCGGGACAGAUUAUAUCGAAUUUUAAGCAGAGCCGGCUCCUCCAGGCCUUUCUGGUUGUAUUAGCCACCGCUACCGUCAUCUUGACCGUUGUCAUCUACAUUUCGCAGAGGCAAAGCCGGACUAUCGAUGCCAGUAUAGACACUUCAGAGAAGCCCAUGAUCAAGCCUUUACUCGAAAGACAGGACUCCGCGACGUGCCACAACCAAUGGGAAAGCGAUCACAAGAACUACCUCAACUCUUUGAAGCUAGAAAUCCUCAAACACACCGAGGAACCUAUCUUGCCGUGGGUCUCACCGCCACAGGCAUUGCCUGGACCGUACGAUCCCAUGUACUACCCUCUACCAGCGCCAUCGUUCCGGUGCAAGACCUCAGAAUCUCUCGCAGCCAAUGUGGAAGGACGGCACUCGGCAUUUUGCACGCGACUUGUUCCCAAAUUUGGCACUCCGCUUGGUGAAGCUGCUCUUUACGGCACGAUGACAACUUCAACACAUGGCUGGCGACGGUCACACUGGAAUGUAACUGGCGGUUGAACGACCACAACAGCCCCAACAUCAUUCAUCACUCUCAUUUUCUCAACCAUGCCUACGAGGAUACGCAUUUCUACCCCACUCGCGAACUCUCACGCACACAUGUCACAUGUGCACAGAGCCAGACAGACACAGCCAGUUCGCAGUGUGGCGCUUGAGCGCCUAGAAAACGCUGCUGGUCGCGAGUUAGGACUGAGAACUCAUCCUGAAGCUUGGUCGGUGGCGUCCGCUUUGUAGCUGAAGGGGUAGACUUCCUGUGGGGCGGGCGCGCGGAUGUCUAGGAUUCGUUGUUCAGCGAUGUGUCAUCG